AUGGAAGAAUCAUCAAUAAGCCGGGUACCAUCUCGGGGAGGAGUCAGCUUUUUGAAUGUGGCCCGAACCUACAUCCCCAAUACGAAGGUGGAAUGUCACUACACCCUUCCCCCAGGCACCGUGCCAAGUGCCAGUGACUGGAUUGGCAUCUUCAAGGUGGAGGCUGCCUGUGUGCGAGAUUACCACACGUUUGUGUGGUCUUCGGUGCCUGAAAGUGCAACUGAUGGUUCCCCCGUCCAUGCCAGUGUCCAGUUCCAAGCCAGCUACCUGCCCAAACCAGGAGCUCAGCUUUACCAGUUUCGAUAUGUGAAUCGCCAGGGCCGGGUGUGUGGACAGAGCCCCCCUUUCCAGUUUCGAGAGCCAAGGCCCAUGGAUGAACUGGUGACUCUUGAGGAGACUGAUGGCGGCUCUGACAUCCUGCUGGUUGUCCCCAAGGCAACUGUGCUGCAGAACCAGCUGGAUGAGAGCCAGCAAGAGAGGAAUGACCUGAUGCAGCUGAAGCUGCAGCUGGAGGGGCAGGUCACGGAGCUGAGGAGCCGAGUACAGGAGCUGGAGACGGCUCUGGCGACUGCCAGGCAGGAGCACGCGGAACUGAAAGAGCAAUACAAGGGGCUUUCCCGGUCCCAUGGGGAAUUAACAGAAGAGAGGGACAUCUUGAGCCGGCAACAAGGAGAUCACGUGGCACACAUCCUGGAACUGGAAGAUGACAUCCAGACCAUCAGUGAGAAAGUGCUGACAAAGGAGGUGGAGCUGGACAGGGUUAGAGACACAGUGAAGGCCCUGACUCGGGAACAAGAGAGGCUCCUUGGGCAACUGAAGGAAGUACAAGCAGACAAGGAGCAAAGCGAGGCUGAGCUCCAAAUGGCACAACAGGAGAAUCGUCGCUUGAAUUCGGAGCUGCAGGAGGCCAAGGGCCGGCAGGAGGAGCAGGGUGCGCAGACCCAGCGACUAAAAGACAAGUUGGUUCAGAUGAAGGACACCCUAAGCCAGGCCCAGCAGCGGGUGGCUGAGCUGGAGCCCCUGAAGGAGCAGCUUCGAGGGGCCCAGGAGCUUGCAGCCUCAAGCCAGCAGAAAGCCACCCUGCUUGGGGAGGAGCUGGCCAGCGCAGCGGGAGCCAGGGAUCGCACCAUAGCCGAACUACACCGCAGCCGCCUGGAACUGGCUGGAGUCAACGGCAGGCUGGCUGAGCUCAGUCUGCAUUUGAAGGAGGAAAAAAGCCAGUGGAGCAAGGAACGGGCAGGGAUGUUGCAGAGUGUGGAGGCAGAGAAGGACAAGAUCCUGAAGCUGAGCGCAGAGAUACUUCGGCUGGAGAAGGCAGUUCAGGAGGAGAGGACCCAGUAUCAAGCACUCAAGACUGAACUGGCCCACGAAAAGGAGGCUAGCCUGGUGCAGUUGUCAGAGGGUAAGCGGGAGCUGACGGAGCUGCGGUCAGCCCUGCGUGUGCUCCAGAAGGAAAAGGAGCAGUUGCAGGAGGAGAAGCAGGAACUGCUGGAGUACAUGAGAAAGCUGGAGGCCCGCCUUGAGAAGGUGGCCGAUGAGAAGUGGAAUGAGGAUGCUGCUACAGAGGAUGAGGAGGCAGUUGCAGGGCUGGGCUGCCCGGCAGCUCUGACUGACUCGGAGGAUGAGUCCCCAGAAGACAUGAGGCUCCCACCUUAUGGCCUGUGUGAACAUGGAAAUCCAGGCUCCUCUCCUCCUGGGCCACGAGAAGCUUCUCCCCUAGUUGUCAUCAGCCAGCCAGCUCCCAUCGCUCCCCAUCUCUCAGGGCCAGCUGAGGACAGUAGCUCUGACUCGGAGGCUGAGGAUGAGAAGUCAGUCCUCAUGGCAGCCGUGCAGAAUGGGGGUGAAGAGGCCAACCUGCUGCUUCCUGAGCUGGGCAGUGCCUUCUAUGACAUGGCCAGUGGCUUUGCAGUAGGUCCCUUGUCAGAGGCCAGCACUGGGGGCCCCGCCACCCCCCCAUGGAAGGAGUGCCCUAUUUGUAGGGAGCGCUUCCCCGCUGACAGUGAUAAGGACGCCCUGGAGGACCACAUGGAUGGACACUUCUUCUUCAGCACCCAGGACCCCUUCACCUUCGAGUGA